GAGGAGGGCGGCCAGGUUGGUGAGGCAGUGCCCACAGGUACUCGUCAUUAUCAGCCCUUCCCGCCAGCAGCAGCAGCAGACACCUCCGGGCUCCUGCCGCAGUCACACAGUGCAGCUCCGCAUCGUCACACGCCCCCGCAUCGUCUCCGCCAUGGGGAAGAAGAUGAAGAAAGGCUGCGACUGCAAGCGGAUCCUGAAGAACAACUGGCUGCUCAUCACCACCGUGGUGGCUGUGGUCCUAGGUAUUGGACUUGGGCUUUUGGUUCGUGAAUAUGGGAAACUUUCCAACUUGGACAAGUUUUACUUUGCAUUUCCUGGAGAGAUUCUGAUGCGGAUGCUAAAACUCAUCAUUUUGCCAUUGAUUGUAUCCAGCAUGAUCACAGGUGUUGCUGCUUUGGAUUCCAGCGUAUCUGGGAAAAUCGGUUUGCGAGCUAUUGUGUAUUAUUUCAGCACUACAGUCUUAGCUGUUAUUCUUGGAAUUGUUCUAGUUGUGAGCAUCAAACCUGGAGUGUCUCAAAAUCCAGAUGAAAUUGACAGAACAGGGAGUACACCAGAAGUCACUACUGUUGAUGCACUGCUCGACCUGUUAAGAAAUAUGUUCCCGGAAAAUCUUGUCCAGGCAUGCUUCCAACAGUACAAAACCAAGCGUGAAGAGCUGAAACCAUCAAAGGAACCUGACAAGAACAGCACCAUUCAGAAUAAUAGUUCCUUCGAUCUGUUUUCGACAGGAGAUCAAGAGAACAAAACAACGGAAUACAAAAUUGUUGGCCUCUACAGCGAUGGGGUCAAUGUCUUAGGCCUCAUUGUCUUUUGCCUUGUAUUUGGCGUUGUCAUCGGAAAAAUGGGGGAGAAGGGACAAGUUUUGGUGGAUUUUUUCAAUGCACUAAAUGAUGCAACAAUGCAAAUAGUCCAGAUCAUCAUGUGGUACAUGCCCAUUGGCAUCUUGUUUUUGAUUGCAGGGAAGAUAAUUGAAGUUAAUGACUGGGAGAUCUUCCGUAAGCUUGGUCUUUAUAUGGCAACAGUAUUAAGUGGACUUGCCAUCCAUUCCUUGAUAGUAUUGCCACUUAUUUAUCUAAUAAUAGUACGAAAGAAUCCUUUCCAGUUUGCAAUGGGUAUGGCACAGGCUCUUCUUACAGCUCUAAUGAUAUCAUCAAGCUCAGCCACCCUACCAGUAACUUUCCGAUGUGCUGAGGAGAAGAACAGGGUGGACAAAAGGAUAACGAGAUUUGUUUUACCAGUUGGAGCCACUAUCAAUAUGGAUGGCACAGCUCUCUAUGAAGCAGUGGCAGCAGUAUUCAUUGCGCAGCUAAAUGACAUGAACCUGGAUGUUGGUCAGAUUGUCACAAUUAGCGUGACAGCUACAGCAGCCAGCAUAGGAGCUGCCGGGGUACCUCAAGCCGGCCUGGUUACCAUGGUGAUCGUCUUAAGUGCUGUGGGGCUUCCAGCGGACGAUGUCACUCUUAUCAUCGCUGUGGACUGGCUCCUGGAUCGAUUUAGGACCAUGGUAAAUGUUCUUGGUGAUGCUUAUGGAACCGGGAUAGUAGAGAAGCUCUCCAAGAAAGAAUUGGAGCAAAUGGAUGUCACAUCAGAAGUCAACAUUGCCAACCCUUUUGCUAUUGAGCCAAGUGUACUGAAAAAUGAAGACGACGGUGAGAUAAAAAAAUCUUAUAUUAAUGGAGGAUUUGCAGUAGAUAAGUCAGAUAACAUAUCUUUCACUCAGACAUCGCAGUUCUGAAUGAGCAGGAGAGCUGAGCGCAUAUGGACUUUAUGGAACACUGAGUGUACGAUAGAGGCGACAAAGUGAGAUUUUCCUCUUCCAUAUUUGGACUCAUACUUUUUUUUUUUGUACUCUUACCAGCAGGUUAAAUGGAAAAGAAAGCUGCAAAAUAUUUUACUUUUUUAUAUGGGGACAUGAAGUUCCCAACAUUUUGGAAUGUAUUACCAGUUAGCAUGUUCUUUACCGGGAUCCAGGAUCAUGACAUCUGCGUCAGCAAUUUGACUCUUCUGCAUUAGCUCUUUUGAAGCACAGUCUCUCAUCUUACGUUUGGAGUAGCUCACCACCAAUGUAAAAUGCAGGUUGCCUUUGAUAUAACCUAGUCUGUAAUCCAGAGGCUGUUCAUGUUCACCGCAGAUGCUUGUUUGUAUCUCCCUAUAGUUUUCUCAUGGCAGGUAAUUGUUGACCACAUUGUACAUGGUUACUUAUUUGCAAUAUUCACAAGGUUGAGUUUUGCCAAUCCUCUUUUGAAUAAUAGCUUGUAAAGGGACAGUCACAAAAAGCGCCAUCACAAUAUGCGGCCAUUUUUACAUUAUGCCAUUUCAUACCAGACCAGUUAUAUUUUAAACCUUGUGCUCCUUUACACAAAAAUGCCUUGAAAAUUGUCACACGCUACAGCAUUUUCUGUACUUUGCGCCCAUGUUUUAUUUUUUUGUCAGGUAAGAAAGAUUCACUCUUACCGCGUCUUCCAGAUGAUUUUUUGGAACAGAAGGAUGGGAUUUCUGCCUGUCUAUGUGAAGCGAUCAUGCAAUAAAAGGGUAUUUAACAUACAUAAUUACUUAGCAAGCAUGUAGGGACUGAGGGAACCCACUGUAGAGCAUGCCAUCUUGGUAGCCAGGGGGAUGGGAGAUGUAUUCUACCAAUACUGUUUGGAGUUCUCAUUACAAUUCAGUGUGCCAUAUAGCUGUAUUACUACACAGAAAGUCACCACCACUGAUAUCUAUUGUACAAGUUAAUAAGACAUCAUGUGAAAUACAUUGAUGGGUAUAAUAAAUGACCCAUCACAAGUUUACUGAUUAUGGUCAGUAGACAUAAUGUGAAACACGCAUGUGAAACCUAUUAAAAAAGAAAUGAUUACUUUAAUACAUAUCUAUUGAAAAACAUAUUAAUCUGUAUGCACUUUAGGGAUCUCAGAUGAUCAAGACCAGCUGUAUUAUAAGGAUUGUUCCUCUGGUCAUGGAUUGAUUUGUAUUGAUGAUUGCGCUAGAAAAUCUGAAAUUAUUGUGAUUACAUAGCUGGUCUAUACUUCUUUCUUUGAGCUUUUUAAUAGUAAGUCGUUUGUCUUUUACACAACAGAGCUGAGAAGUUUUGGACAUUUGUUAGAGGAGAUGGAAUAAUUCAGUAUUAGUGGGUUGUAUACUACUUUGCCUUAGCAUGGUAGACAUGCCAUUGAAUCAUAUUGCCAAAUAAAACUAGAAUCCUUUAUAUUAAAAGAUCUUUGAAAAGAUUUCUUUCUAUGCUAGUCUUAUGUGAACACCAAUCGGUAGAACAGUAGCACACUGUAUAAGAAAUCCCCUUUAUAAACUUACUUUUGUCAUUAUUGAUACUAUGUUUUUAUGGUUCAGACGGGUAACAAAAGAUUUGCUACCUUUAAAAAGUGUUCAUCACAACUCAGUCUUGUUGAGUUGCAGGAAGCAUCACUGUGAAGUGUAAUGUGUCAGGAAAGAGGAUUGAAGCCUUGAACAUCCAACACUGAAAAGAUGAAGCACAGAGGGCACAUGCACAUUGAUUUACUCAUGUGACUCUUAUUGUGAAUAUGUGCUUUUUAUACUGUCACAAGAGAAUUAGUACUAUAGUUUAUUCUAUGAACAGAAUAUACAUUUCAGUAGAUUUCUAUUAUUUAAUUCAGCAUCAUCAACUUUUUUUUGUUUUGUUUAAAAACUGCCCUUUUGUAUCCCACGUUGCCUCCAAAAACAUGAGAGUUUUCUCUAUGAAAACCCUUUAGGUUGUGUCUUCUCCCGAUAGUAACUUUUCACCAUGACAUGUUGCAAUUAGAUUAGUACUUACACAAAAAAAAAACUGAAAAGCACUAAGGGUACUGGCACACAAUCAGGUUUCCUGCUGCAGUUUUGGAAGCCAAAAUCAGUAGUGGGUCAUAAGAGAAAGUAUAAAGGAUGAAUAGGACUUCUCUAUUUUCUUAAUUCACUUCUGGUUUUGGCUUCAUGCAGAAGCCUGAGAGUGUGGCCGUACCCUAAAAGUAUUUAUUAGGGGGUCAGAGAUGCAAGAAACUGUGUGAUUUGACCCCUCUUGGAUCCAUUGAAUAGCUGAGAUGACUUAUAUAUGAGCUGGGCAAAUCCAACAUGCUAUUUUUCAUGUUAUGACAUCUGUAUUGUGGGUCCUGAGCAAUGAAGCCAUUUAUUAUAUAUUGAAGACCUUUUCUUGAAUUUGGAUAUGAAAUACUGUAUACAUUCUGUGCCAAUGGAUCUUAGCUAUACUUGAAUACACUGCUCAGCAUUGAAAUUGCAACACCAAGAAGGAAAAAGUCAUAGAAUGAUAUAAGUCACAGGAUCGAUAGACAUGUUAAUGACAUGAAAAUGCUGAAAAAAAAGGAACUUAUUUGUUAUCAAGUAUGAGCGCCACGCACAGAAAUACAUGCACUUAUAUGCCUUGGCAUGCUAUCAAUGAGGUUAUUAAUGGUUGUCUGAGGAAUGUUCUGCCAUGCUGAAUGUACUUUGUUGCACAAAUCAUCAAGAUCCUCUGUUGGCAGCAACCUUUGCAAUUGCUGACUAAUGACAUCCCAGAGUCCGGAGAUGCUGCAGGCCAUGGUAGCACAUUUAAGCCAUGCAGGCUGCUCUCAGUAGCCUGGCAUUGACCUGUUGAAAAAUGGCUCCUGGGACACUUUGGAGAAAUGGCAAUACCACUGGUUGCAUAACAAAAUCAAUUUAACUCUAAGUUGAGUACCUGAAAUGAAAACUAGAGGGGUUCAACUACAGUUAUACCGGUCCACAACAUAAUCCUGGUAAUAGGAAUGGGGUGGUGUUCCCUUGUGAAGGCCACUUCAUCUCUAGACCAACCUCCAGCUAUCAUUGCAUCCGAGACAAAUCGGAACUCAUCACUGAAGAGACCUUCAUUCCAGCCUCCAUUUCCGUCUUGCUGUGCACCAUGGUAUCCUUUGAGAGUUGUAGCGUAAGAGCAAUAGAUCACCAACGUAUCCCAAUGUUGCAACAUUCUUUUUAAUCAGACGAUUAUAAGAAUGUUGCAGUUCACCUCUGUGUAUCUCUUGCUGUCAUGCCAGUUCAUUGUUGUUCACCCAACCACUAGGACACACAACAGUGAAUAGUGCUGACAUCAGAGCCCGGGCAUGUAGCAAGUGAUAAAUCAAGGUCUCUCCGUUCAAGGAUUUUGUCCCUUUAUCAGUUUGGCAAUAAAAAGCUGGUCCCAGACAAACAGGUGGCAUUGCACACUUAUACUACACCACUUUAUCCAGUUUAUGAGGUUUCAUGUGGCUAAAAAUCUUUGCUUCCAAUCUGG